AUGAACCUUAGCUACCAAAAAGGUAUACGAAUUGGCACAUGGAACAUCCGGACAUUGGCACAGGCAUCCCGUUUGGCACAACUAAGCAAAGAAAUGACACGCUGUAAAAUUAAAAUCCUAGGUCUCAGCGAAGUGCGGUGGAAGAACAGCGGGGACAUUACAACGUCAGACAAUCACUACAUGAUAUACUCGGGCAAUUCAACCACCCACAUUAAUGGAGUUGGAAUAAUUAUAUCCACUAAAAUUAAAAAAUCAUUAAUGGAGUGGAAUCCAGUCUCCGACCGAUUAAUAACCGCUCGUUUCCGAGCCAAAAAUCGCAAUAUAACAAUCAUUCAAUGCUAUGCACCAACGGAAAUAGCAGACGACAGCGAAAAAGAUCAUUUCUACAACCAACUGCAGUCCACAAUCGCCUCAGCGCACAAAAGAGACAUCAAACUUGUCAUGGGUGACUUUAACGGGAAAAUCGGCAAUAAUAAUAACAACCUCGAUGAAAUAAUGGGUCGCCAUGGACUUGGAGAAGCACGCAAUAACAACGGCGAGCGAUUAAUUGAUCCCUGCAUGGCCAACCGACUUUUCAUCGGCAGCACGCGAUUCCCGCACAAGGACAUUCAUAAAUAUACCUGA